CACAACGUAUUCUCGAUCCUAUAUAAGGGACACUCAUGGCCGUCUCCAAGGCACCCAAGCACGGUUCCAUAGAGGCAGAGGCAAACCUGGUUGCUGACUGCAAAUGGGGAACUUACGCAUUCUCCUUGUUGCUCUUGUUUCUCUGGUGGCAUUGAACCAAGAUCUUGUUCAUGCUAAUUUUUAUACCGACACUGUCUUCACCUGGGGCUCGCAGAACUCAGCAAUCUGGGGCAAUGGCAACAACCUUGCACUCAUGCUCGAUAAGGUCUCAGGUUCUGGAAUACAAACGAGCAGAGAGUUUCUCUUUGGAAGUAUAGAAAUGCAAAUAAAACUGGUUCCAGGGAAUUCAGCUGGUACUGUCACCGCAUAUUAUAUGUCAUCAACAGGAAGCAAGCAUGACGAGAUAGACUUCGAGUUCCUGGGAAAUCUAUCCGGACAACCUUACAUCAUUCACACAAAUGUCUUCACUCAAGGUGUAGGAAAUAGGGAGCAGCAAUUCUACCCUUGGUUUGAUCCAACUUCUGAUUUCCACAGUUACACCAUACAUUGGAACCCAAGUCAGAUUGUGUGGUUUGUUGAUGGGCUCCCAAUCCGAGUCUACAGAAAUUAUGAAAGAUAUGGGAUUCCAUUCCCCAACAAGCAAGCAAUGAGGGCCUACUCAAGCCUAUGGAAUGCUGAUGAUUGGGCAACUAGAGGUGGCCUGAUAAAGAUUGAUUGGAGCAAUGCACCCUUCAUAGCAAGAUAUCGCCAGCUCCGUCUGAGAGCUUGCGCAUGGACUGGACCAAACAGCAUCAGCCAAUGCGCUCAAACUACCCCUGCUAACUGGUGGACUUCACCUGUAUACAGUGAAUUGAAUGACAUGCAGAAGGGCCAGCUGAACUGGGUCAGACAGAACUUCAUGAUAUAUGAUUACUGCAAAGAUACAAAGAGAUUCAACGGGCAAUUCCACCCUGAGUGUUCUCUGCUGCAAUUUUAACAGAUGAGUUGAUUUUUAUAAUGAAGUGGUUGUGAUGGUACAUGUGAUGAGGUAAAUAAGCCUGUGUUGUUACAGUUGAUUUCAUUCUUAUGUUGUGAACUGAAGAAUAAAUAAUAUCAAUGUCUGCGUUCCAAGGAUUACCAAUAACUCUCAAUUCUUAGGCCACAGGCCCAGUGUAACCCUUUUCUCGGGAACCAAGUUUAGUUUUGAGUUUCACUUUGUAUCUGAUACAUUUUGUUGUUCCAUGAAUCAGCAACAUAUG